ACUUUGAUUUCGUUUGCCCUCCCAGCCUUAAUCAAAAGUUACUAUUUAAACUAGUUGUCUGGUUUAACCGAGUCACCAUUUGUUCUCACAUUUAACCGUUUAACAUUUCAAAAGCCUUGUCAUAAAUCGUUGUUUUACUGUCUCUUAGUAAUCCACCUUUAUUCUCAUUUGUGAUUCUCAUUUUCAAUUUAUUAAAUUAUUAUUUUUUGUUUUUCUAUUCACUUUAGUUAAUACUUAUAAAAAAAAUUAAAUCAAAAUGUGUGACGACGAAGUAGCCGCUCUUGUUGUUGAUAAUGGAUCUAGUAUGUGUAAAGCCGGUUUUGCCGGUGAUGAUGCCCCAAGAGCUGUAUUCCCAUCUAUUGUUGGGCGACCAAGACAUCAAGGAGUAAUGGUCGGUAUGGGCCAAAAGGAUUCUUAUGUAGGAGAUGAAGCCCAAUCCAAAAGAGGAAUCCUUACUCUUAAAUAUCCAAUUGAACACGGUAUUGUCACCAAUUGGGAUGACAUGGAAAAAAUCUGGCAUCACACCUUCUACAAUGAAUUGAGAGUUGCCCCUGAAGAACAUCCAGUUCUUUUAACUGAAGCCCCUCUUAACCCAAAGGCUAACCGUGAAAAAAUGACCCAAAUCAUGUUUGAAACCUUCAACACUCCAGCUAUGUAUGUAGCCAUCCAAGCUGUUCUUAGUUUGUACGCCUCCGGUCGUACCACCGGUAUUGUUUUGGAUUCUGGUGAUGGUGUUUCUCACACUGUACCCAUUUAUGAAGGUUAUGCUUUACCCCAUGCUAUUCUUCGUUUAGAUUUGGCUGGUAGAGAUCUUACUGAUUAUUUGAUGAAGAUCUUAACUGAAAGAGGUUACUCUUUCACUACCACUGCUGAAAGAGAAAUUGUUCGAGACAUUAAGGAAAAACUUUGCUAUGUUGCUCUUGACUUUGAGCAAGAAAUGGCCACAGCUGCCAGCUCAUCUUCAAUUGAAAAGUCAUAUGAACUCCCUGACGGUCAAGUUAUUACUAUCGGUAAUGAACGAUUCCGAUGCCCAGAAGCUCUCUUCCAACCAUCAUUCCUUGGUAUGGAAUCUUGUGGUAUUCAUGAAACCACUUACAAUUCAAUCAUGAAAUGUGAUGUUGAUAUUCGUAAGGAUCUUUACGCUAACACUGUUCUAUCUGGAGGAACUACUAUGUAUCCAGGUAUUGCUGACAGAAUGCAAAAGGAAAUCACCGCUUUAGCUCCCAGCACCAUGAAAAUCAAAAUAAUUGCCCCACCUGAACGUAAAUAUUCCGUCUGGAUCGGAGGUUCAAUCUUAGCAUCACUUUCCACUUUCCAACAAAUGUGGAUCUCCAAGCAAGAAUAUGAUGAAUCAGGACCAUCAAUUGUCCACAGAAAAUGUUUCUAAGCUUGAUAGCUGUUGCCAAAAUCCCAAUCAUUCCUUCUUUUUUGAUGAGGAUACGUUAAACAAAAUAUCUUUAAACUUCAUUCCUUUUCUAGUACUAUCCAUUCCGAGUUUUUCUGUUUUCUUUCAGUUAAUCUUAUAUUUUUUCAUCAGUUUAACUUGCAAGAAUCUCAAGCUUGUACGUUUAUUCCUCCCACAUUUCUUUUCUUCCUCUACAAUGAAAGAAUUUUGUAACGCUUCUUCAUGACAUCUUUGAAUAUUUUAUCUCCUCACCACUAGAGAAGGUCCAAUUAAUUGAAAUAAAAUUAAUUGCUUCUUAGAUAAAAA